AUGACUAGUUACUUCCAAGAGGCUGAGAAUCAUGGAGCUGUUAUUGAUCAGACAACUCAAAAAGGAGGAGCUAAAACUCCUAGUUCUAGCACUUUUAAUGGUAUGGCCAAGGCUGAGGCAAACAUUGCCUCUACUUCGAAACCCAGCAAAAAGAAGAACUGGAAGAAUAGCAAGAAGCCUCUGAAAGCUAUGAAAAUAGUUAAAAAGAAAAAGGCUGCUAAUCCCGAUGCAAAGAAAAAAGGAAAAUGCUUCUAUUGCAAUGAAAAGGACCACUGGAAACCCAAGUGCCCUAAGUUUCUAGCAAAGAAACAAGCUCUAGCUGCUUAA